CUUUGAAUGUGGUUGGAUGAAUCAAAAAUGCGCUAUUUCAGAGGGCUUUUAUUUUGAAACUACACAUCAGAUCUGGAUGACACUUGGUGAAUGGGACCCUGGGGGGUUUACUGUCAGUCAGAAGUGGACCGGUUUGUUGGCAACAGGGGAUUUGUUUUUGGUGUGUGUUCGUGUUUAAUUUGAUAGAGUUAGUUCUGUCAUUGUAGCAGGAGAAUAUCUAUUUCACUGUGCCUGUCACUCCAGGUCGUGAAAACUUGAGAAAACUAACUUGGUUAGCCAAAUCAAAAGAGAGCUCUCAUUCAACGUGACCCAACUUCUAUUGUGAAGUCACUGUGAAAAUGCUGUUCCCGUAAUGCACAGAGUAUGCGCACACCGUAGAAUCAAUUGAGUGCUCGCUUGACCGUGCUUUCUGAAAUGAGGGCAGGCUUGACCGCAGUGGUAGCGGUAGGUUUGUAUUCAGUGGAGUGAGAAUCUGUUCAGAAGAAAUGCUGGCAUUUCCCGGAAUACCCUGAACGCAUCACUGGAGAACCGAAAGAAAAACUACACAAAGGCUGGUGUGUGUGUGUGCGUGUGUGUGUGUCAUCAGACUAAAGCAAGUUCAUGAUACGACUGCAGCAUUUGCUUCGACAGAGUUUCAGAAAGAAAAACCCUGCUGGAGAAACAAGUGUGAAGUUGAGUCUGUUCAGUGAAGGAUAAUGUCUAAAGGGGAGAGCAAGGGACGAGGACGUGACUCAAGCUUCACCAAAGAUAAUCAGUUCUAUGGCCUCAGAAACCAAGGAUCAACAUCUUACUUGAACAGCGUGCUGCAGGUGCUGUUCAUGACUGAAGAGUUCAGAGAAGCUGUGAAAAGGCACACUGAGGACAACAGCAACACAACACACAUUGACAGACAGCUGUCAGAGCUGUUUGAUGAGUUAAAGGAAGGCCCAGCAGAGACCAUCGGAAUCACACACAAGCUGGGAAUUCGCUCAGUGAAUAAACAAAGUGAUGCAGCAGAACACUUUGAGAAGAUUUUGGCGCUCACCAGUCCUGAGGCUUCAAAGAUAUUUCGAGGAAAUCUGGUCCACACAACAGAGUGCCUUAAAUGUGUAAACAAAACCUAUGAAGAGGGGAAAUUCUGGCAUCUUCCUCUUCCACUGGAGGAUUCCUGCAGUCAAAGCUACAGUGUGGAGAAAGGUGUUGCAGAGUUUUUCGUGAUUUCUGAGUUAAAAGGAGAAAACCAGCUGUACUGUGACGGCUGUGGUGAGAAAAGGGACGCUACUGUUGAACGUGAAAUGAAGCAUCAUCCAGACAUUUUGACGCUGCUGCUGAAGAGGUUUGAGUUCGACUAUCGCUACAUGUCAUACACCAAAAACAGCUGUGCUGUGGAUGUCCCACCCACCCUGGAAGUUCCACAGGGUCAGAUCUAUGAUCUGUAUGCGUUUGUAGAACAUGUUGGCAGUUUGAAAAGUGGACACUACUCAGCCACAGUCAAGCCUCAGGACGGCAGAGGAGCCAGAUGGUACAACUUCAAUGAUUCAAGAGUUGCGCCGCUUGAUCAAAACCUCAAGGUGGACAACAUGAAAACUUUUCUAUCUGGUUCCAGCAGUCCUUACCUUCUGUUUUACAGGAAGAGAAAAGAUGCAAACAUCAGAGGCCCGUCGACCAACAGCUCUGCUCGUGAGAGAAUUGACCAGAGUCAACGCAAAACAAAAAGAGAAAGCAAAGCUGGCAACGUGGCGCCAGGGAACAAUAAGUGGAAGAAUAAACAUGAUUCUGGCAAAGUUAAUUCUCAGCCAAAAUCAAACAGUACGAUUAAAACGAGUGUGAUCACACACCGCUCCUCAACCAUAAGAGAUGAAAGCCAAAACCAGAACGAAGACCCAAACACUGCCGCUGUGUCAAAGAAUGAGAAAAAGCCAAAAUGGUGGAAUAGGAUGAGGCACCGUGAUACAGGGAAAAAUACAAUAAAAAAAGAUAAAAAUGAAGGAAAGCAGAUGAAGCUGGAAAUAACACCACAAACACAAGGAAAUGAGCAGAAGAAGUCCUGUCUUUCAAGCAUGGUCAAACUUUUGCAAGGACUUCAACGUAUCUUCUCCAGGAAAAAACUAUUGGUCAUGAUAUUGAUUGUUCUUUGUGUUUUUUUCAUUCAUGGGGGAAAUUGGUUGAAUGAUGAAGUCAGACCCGGACUGAGACAGGCAGCCAGAGAGGAAGGAAAGAGUCCAGCAGAUGUGGAGGGAGAAGAAACGAGCAGAACAGCAGCAGAUGUGGAAGUUCACGGCAGAAGAAGUUCAGAAGAUUAAGUUAAGAGAAGGAGAGGUGAGGAGAGAAUGAAGAGAGGAGAUGAUGAGAGUCUCAUUCACAAACCAACAGAUGACAAGUGAUCCUUUAAGGUCAUUGAAGAGGUUUCUUCUUCUUCAAGGAGUCAUAUUAUGCUAUUUUUCAGUCACGUCAUAUAGGUCACGGACGCCCAAAAACAUAGUAUAUAAGUUUGUUUGCCCCAAAUUCGUCCUAUGUUUGGAGUUU